AAUAUUUAAAAAUAAUUUAAAUUAAAUAUUUUAUUUCUACAUAGGUAUCCCUGGCUCCUUCCCAGAACAUGGUGAAAAAGGAAGAAGUGGCAUAGAUGGAGUUCCUGGAAGCCCUGGGAUUGAUGGACAAAAAGGAGCACCUGGAGAAUAUGGAAAUGACGGGAUUGCAGGAUAUGCUGGGACCACGUGGAAUAAGUCCAAAAGGAGAAAAAGGAAAAUCUGGUCCUAGAGGUGAAUCUAUCCAAGGUGAACCUGGAGCUAACGGUGUACCAGGAAAAAAUGGAGAACCCGGCAGACAAGGGUUAAAAGGGUUGAAAGGUGAACCUGGUAUUGCAAAAUAUAGCCAAAAGGGAGAACAGGGUGAGUUUGGUUCGCCUGGAUUAUUUGGGUUACAAGGCGAAAAAGGUGAAAUUGGAGAAGUUGGGUUUGAAGGGAUGACAGGUGUUCCCGGUUUAAAAGGAAUACAAGGUAUACCAGGACAACCUGGAAUUUCAGGAUUUAUGGGAAUCCCUGGUAUUAAAGGCAAAAAAGGAGAUAUUGGAGAAUCACUGUUUUAUAAUGAAACUCAGCUUAGAGGAAUGCCCGGUGAAGAUGGAUAUCCAGGAUUGACAGGGUUGCGUGGACAACCUGGUGAGAACAAAUACAAUGGACGUGAUGGCUUAAAAGGAGAAAAUGGUGAUGAUGGUUUCCCUGGCUUACCUGGAAAAAAAGGUCUAAAAGGUUUCAAAGGACAAAUGGGAAGACAAGGAAACCAGGGAAAAUAUGGUCCGAGAGGAUAUACUGGUCGACCUGGAUCACCUGGUAGUGAUGCUCUGCCAAUGAAACCACAGCCACACCAAGGUAAUUUCUUUACAUAUCAUUCCCAAACGGAUAUUAUUCCAGCAUGUCCAAAGAACACUGUUCAACUCUGGUCCGGUUAUUCGCUUUUACAUUUUAUGGGCAAUGCUAAAGCACAUGGACAAGAUUUAGGUGCACCGGGUAGUUGUUUGAGAAAAUUCAAUACAAUGCCAUUCUUAUUCUGUGAUGUAAACGAAGUAUGUAAUUAUGGAAGUAGAAAUGAUUACAGUUAUUGGCUAAGUACUCCAGAGCCAAUGCCUUUAAUGAUGACACCAAUUCUAGGUUUAGAUAUUUCAAAAUUCAUAUCAAGAUGUUCUGUGUGUGAAGCUCCAACAAAAGUAAUUGCAGUGCACAGUCAAUCAAUGGCCAUACCUGAAUGUCCAAAUGGUUGGAGUGAGUUGUGGAUUGGAUACAGUUUUAUCAUGCAUACCGAUUCCGGUGCUGAUGGUGGCGGUCAGUCGUUGGUCAGCCCAGGUUCGUGCUUGGAAGAGUAUAGACCAAGACCGUUUAUUGAGUGCCACGGAAUAGGACGCUGUAACUUCUACACUACCGCUUAUUCAUACUGGUUGUCUACAAUCGAAGACCGAGAUAUGUUCAGGAAGCCCCGGCCCCAGACACUCAAACAAAAUACAUUGCAAACGCGUAUCAGCAGGUGCUCAGUGUGUUUGAGAAACCGAUAUUGAGCUAUAAAUUAAUUUUUAAAAAGCAAUUUUUUUUUUUCAUUAUUAAUAUUUCUUUAUAUACAUAUUCUAAUACCUAUAUUAUAUAAAACAUAAAAUCAAUGUGUUCUGUGACAUGUCAUUAGUAUUUUUAUUUAUUGAAGUAUACCUAUAAUAUAAUAUUAUUUGUAUUUAUACCAAUGUGAUUUAAAAAAUUUAUUUUUGGAAUAAUUUACAUAAUUUAAAUGAUUAUUGUUAAUAAUAUACAUAUAUAAUAAUUAUUGCUGUUAUAAAUUUUAUGAAAGAAUCUAUUGUGGUAAACUACAACCAAUAAAUGGUUAGGUAAUUUUUAA